UCCCCCUCCCGGCAGGAACGUCGCGUCGCGAGAGGCCCCGAGCAGCCGGCGGCCGCGCCGCGGGGAGGAGCCCGGUGCCAGGUUCUGCUGUCCCCCAGGCUGAUGCCCGUCCUGCCCAGCCAGCGCCUGGAAUGGAGUGAGUCUAUGACCCCCCUCCGGAUCAGCGUCGGUGGCCUUCCUGUCCUAGCUUCCAUGACUAAGGCUGCUGACCCCCGCUUCCGACUGCGCUGGAAGGCCAUCCUGGUGUCCUCGCUCAGUGUCGCCUUGGUGCUGCUCCUGGUCUGCUUUCACCGUUCGGCCACGGGGAGGCCGGCCCCAGCCAAUGCCCACAACUGGCGGCUCAGCCUGCUGCCCGGGGACAGGUACAAUGACACCUACCCGCUGUCCCCGCCCCAGAGGAACUCAGAAGGGGUGCGCUACAGGAUUGGGGUCAUUGCCGACCUGGACACUGGCUCCAAGGGCCCGCAGGAGCACACCUGGUUCAGUUACCUGAAGAAGGGCUACCUGACCCUGUCAGCCAGCGGGGACAGAGUGACAGUGGAGUGGGACCGGGCCGACAAUCUGCUGGAGUCGCAUUUGGCCGAAAAGGGGAGAGGCAUGGAGCUCUCGGAGCUGGUCGUCUUCAACGGGAAGCUGUAUGCAGUGGACGACCGGACGGGAGUGGUCUACCUGAUCGAGGGUACCGCGGUGGUGCCUUGGGUGAUCUUAUCGGAUGGGGAUGGCACCGUGGGUAAAGGCUUUAAAGCAGAGUGGCUGGCGGUGAAGGACGAACACCUGUACGUGGGCGGCCUGGGGAAGGAGUGGACCACGACCACUGGAGAGGUGAUGAAUGAGAACCCCGAGUGGGUGAAGGUGGUCGGCUCCAAGGGGAACGUGGGCCAUGAGAACUGGGUUUCCAACUACAAGGCCCUGAGGGCAGCGGCUGGCAUCAGCCCCCCAGGUUACCUGAUCCACGAGUCCGCCGCCUGGAGCGAGACGCUGCAGCGCUGGUUCUUCCUGCCGCGCCGAGCUAGCCAGGAACGCUACAAUGAGAAGGCCGACGAGCACCGGGGCACCAACCUGCUGCUGCGGGCCACGCAGGACUUCGGCGACAUCGCCGUCAGCCACGUGGGGGCCGCGGUCCCGACCCAUGGCUUCUCAUCCUUCAAAUUCAUCCCCGACACUGACGACCAGCUCAUUGUGGCCCUGAAAUCAGAGGAGGACAAUGGCAAGAUCGCCACCUACAUCAUGGCCUUCACGCUGGAUGGGCGCUUCCUGCUGCCGGAGACCAGGAUCGGGGCUGUGAAAUACGAAGGGAUUGAGUUUAUUUAACAAGGACUCUGUCCUGGUGGGGAUGCCCCAGGGUCAGGCGCGCGGGGCUUUGCCUGAGCUUAGUUGCCGUGGGGGGCGCGCCGCUCCUGAGCUGGGCAGGGCAGCUGGCCUGGAUCCCCGUGGGAGGUGGCUCCAGGGCUGGGUCCCAGGCUUCUGCAGUUACCAUGUUGGUGAGUUGCUGCAGCACAUGCGGCUUGAAUGUCUGGGCCCUGGCACCUGGUGGUGAAAGGCCAUCACUGCUCCUCUGCAGGGCUGCAAGCCCUUGUCCUGCACCCCAUGGCCCUUCCCAGGCUGCCCUGCAGACCACUGGGUGCUGACAGGGGAGGUCUCCAGGGGCCUUAGCGAAGCUGUGAGGCAGUGGCUCAGAGAGUGUUUCCUUCCUGCCCAGCCAGGGCAAUGGAAUUGCUCAGCAUCUCUGAGACUGGCCUGUGAUUUCCCCUCCCACAGGCAGGGCCCUGCACUGCAGCCUGGUGCUCCCGCUGCUGCAUUACCCUGGAGUUUCCCCCCAGCACAAAGAGCCUUUGCGGUGCACAGCAGAGUUGGAGCAGCUCAUGCCAACAGGGCCGUGCCCAGUAGGUUGGUGUGUAGCAACCAGCCCCCAGGUGCUGCUCCUUUGCCUGUGUGACUGGAGCAGCCAGAGUGGAUGCGCAGGGCCUGGCUGGGUCACAAGGGAGCCAUGUUACAGCCCAGGCCGUUUAACAGAUUAAAUUAACCAAAGUGAAACUCCCCCAAACUCCGUGCUAGGGUUUCACUCUGCUCUGUGCCACAGGGCCUCCUGCUGGGAACCGCCAUGCUGGAGAAGUGGGGAUCCCUGCUGGGGAGUCCUGUUCCUUCCCUUACAGCCAGUGCCCAGGCAUCCCCUCUGAAUCCGCCUGCCCAGCCUGGCCAUUGUUCCCGGCUUACCUGGCAUCUCCCUCCCCGCUGGCUGAGGCAGGCACCAAGCUCGGCGGGUUAGAGCUCCGACUUGCAGCUCUCCAGGGGAUGGGAGCAGGCCAGCACCUGGCCCUGCCCUUGGCCUGCUGCCACUCUCAUCUCCCUGCUUCUUUGCCCUGGGAAGGGGCUGGGACAGUGGCCUGAUCCUCCUGACACAAGCUGCUUCCCCCCAUGCCUUCCCUCUGGCCCAAGGGGCCAUCACUAGGUACUCCAGCCUUGCGGGGCCUGUGCAAAGGCCCUUUUCUCUUCAGAUUUCUUUGGGGUCCUGGCCUCUAUUGUGCCCCUGGGGAGGGCCUGGCCCCACUCUCUGCCUGGGCAGGGUAGAGAAAUGGCUAAGUGUCUCUGAAUGGAGCCUUGUCCCUGCAUCUGCCCCACAGGUCAGGAGUCCCUCUGCCCUGGCCCCUUAUGCCUGUGGCAGGGGUCCCUCACCAAGGCCUGCCUGCGCUGCACACACACAGAAGAGGCCAAGUCAGGCAGGAAUCUACGCAAGCUCUGGCCCAGGCCCCUGCCUGGUCCGUGCCCUUCUGGCUGACGGAUGCAGCAUUUGCACCUGGUUAGUGACUUAGAUGUGCUGCUUGGCUGCUGCAUCCGUCUAAUAAACCAGACUGUUCUGGGGUGAGCGUGUCGCCCUCCAGCUCUGAGGGCAGAGCGUCCUCCAGCGCUGGAUAGGGGGCCAGUGAACGGGACAUCCCAACCACCAGGGCAUGCAGCUUUCCAGCCAGCAGCGCAAUGCAACCUGGCCCCUGGAACGCCUGGCAGAAUGGGAUUGGCCUCUUCCUGAGUCCUCCCCUGUCCUGGUGAGGCCCUGGCUGGGCGGCAGGUGGGCCAAUGUUGCUUAAUGAAUCGGUCCUGGCAGUAUUGCUGGAAAGGGCUCGCUGGCAUGUCUCCAGCAGGGUUCCUUCACCUGGACAGCAGGUCCGUUCUGUAGGCAGGCUUCCCCUGGCUGGAGCCCCAAUAGCCUGUUCUGGGGGCUAGGGCCUGGCGAGCCCCUUCACACACCUCAGGGGUACAGUGCAGGGAAAGGGGAACCUUUCAGACCAGCACACGCAGGGUUCCCACUGGCACCAGGCGAGUGUCCCACACCCCUGUGAGCAGUCCCAGAGACAGGCAGGGUGACACUCGGUCAGGAGACCUAGCAGCAGCUGUGGGUGCUCUGUCCUGGGGGCGGGGGAGCUGCUGCCCCUUCCCUUAUCUUGUCCUGUGCCCAGGGGAGCUCAGGCCCUGACUGGGGGGGUGGGGAAAGCGCGUGGCCUGUUCUAGCAGACACUGGCUUCCCUUCCCUGUGGCAGGCUGGGCUGACCUAACUCAGGCCUUGGCGCUGUUCCCUGGGGAGGGCACAGAGGCUCUAGGUCAUAGUAGUCAAUUAUUUUUUGUCAAGGUCCAGAUGUGGGAGAGACUUUUCGCGCCACACUAGCGCUAACAAGGGAAUAAACAGAGUUUUGCCAUCCGUUCAAAAGCG